GCACUCCAAAGGCCGGCGGAAGUGCUCUGGGUUGUUGCCGGAAGUGGGCGAGGAAGGGCUGUCAUGGCGGCCGCGACUGUAGCAGAGAAGGUGCCGGUAGACGGCGCGGAGGAACAGCAGCCCCCUGCGGCGGCCGAGGAGCUGGCCGCCCAGAAGCGCGAACAGAGACUGCGCAAAUUCCGGGAGCUGCACCUGAAGCGGAAUGAAGCUCGUAAAUUAAAUCACCAGGAAGUUGUUGAAGAAGAUAAAAGACUUAAGUUACCUGCAAAUUGGGAAGCCAAAAAAGCUCGUUUGGAAUGGGAACUACAAGAAGAAGAAAAGAAAAAGGAAUGUGCAGCAAGAGGGGAAGACUACGAGAAAGUGAAGUUGCUAGAGAUCAGUGCAGAAGAUGCAGAAAGAUGGGAGAGGAAAAAGAGGAGGAAAAAUCCCGACCUGGGAUUUUCAGAUUAUGCUGCUGCCCAGCUUCGCCAGUACCAUCGGCUGACCAAACAGAUCAAACCGGACAUGGAAACAUAUGAGAGACUGAGAGAAAAGCAUGAAGAAGAGUUUUACCCAACAUCCAACAGUCUUCUUCAUGGGACACAUGUGCCUUCCACAGAGGAAAUUGAUAGGAUGGUCAUAGACCUGGAAAAACAAAUUGAAAAACGAGAUAAAUAUAGUCGGAGACGUCCCUAUAAUGAUGAUGCAGAUAUUGACUACAUUAACGAAAGGAAUGCCAAAUUCAACAAGAAGGCAGAAAGAUUCUAUGGGAAAUAUACAGCUGAAAUUAAACAGAAUUUGGAAAGAGGAACAGCUGUCUGAUCCCUUCAGGGACUGUUUAGAAGCUUGAGAACGGAGUGAAAAUUUCUACUAGCAAAUUGAAGUUCUCUUCAGAGUUACACCAGUAAACCAGAACUCGGUCUAUGCCUUCCCACUCAGCAUUUAAAAAUAAAUGUUUUUUCUUAAACUUCUACUUCCAUGUAUAUUUCCACAUUUUUGUGCUUGGAUAUAAGAUGUAUUUCUUGUAAUGUACUUGUUUUGUAAAAAUCUACUUUGUAUAAAUUCUAUUAUUUUUCUAUGUAUUUUAAAUGUGUAUGACUGUUGAAUCUUUGAAGCAUUUUGGCUUUAAGAAUGCUGGCAGCAUACGUAAAUGCAGUCAUUGUUACUUUGAAUGUUUUUAUGAAUUUGACAAAAUCUAGAGCUGGACUCAGGAACUAUUUGGUGUUAUAGACUCCGAAGCUAAGGACAGUGAUGAGGAAGGGGGCAGUGGCUGCUGGAGGGUGGGUAUAGGCUCUACCCAGGCUGCUUAGGACCAAGUUCAGGAAGUAGCAGAACUGUCCUCCCAUGAAUACUGACUAUGCACAGUUCCCUUUUAAAAAAGGAAAUGUCUUGUGGAAUAGAAUCCCUACUAAACAAUUUAUCGUUUAAAACAAAUAUUUGUAUUUAUACACUUAUAUAUACACAAAUAUACCCAUACAUGCUUCCAUUCCAUAAACAUUAAAAAUUUUUCUAUUAUAGGGAAUUCCAAACAUAUUCAAAAGAAGACAGAAUAGUACAAUGAGUCCCAUAUACCUAAUGCCCAUC